AUGUGUGCAGCUACUUCCAGUAUCAUGGAUUUCUACAAAGCGGAACGAAAUCGCGUGUUAUGGCUGCGAGAGCAGAACGACACACUUACGGCAACAGCAGAAGCUAUGGAAUUUGAGAUGAUGAAUGAUGAGAAUACCAUAGACGAAGCCGAUAUCCUCGUCGUUCAACAAAGAUCUGGAUGUAAACGGCCAUGUCAGUCUGAUCCACCAUUUUUGAUACUGAAUGGAAAGAGAGCGAAAAUUUCCUAG